AUGGAUGAUUCUCAAUUAUUAAGCCGUUUACUAACAGUUAUUGAACAAGAUAUUUUACCUAAAACCCAAGCUGGCGUUGUUCAAGGAAACAAAAUUUUUGGUGCUGCUAUUCUAAAAAAGUCUGAUCUAUCAGUUGUUAUUGCCGAAACAAAUAACGAAAUUGAAAAUCCACUUUGGCACGGCGAAAUGCAUGCUAUCAAGAAACUUUACGAAACUACUGAUCGUUCCAGUCUUCCACAACCUAAAAAUUGUAUUUUUCUUGCAACACACGAACCUUGCUCUCUAUGUCUAUCGGCAAUUACAUGGAGCGGUUACGACAAUUUCUAUUAUCUAUUCAGCCACGAGAAUAGUCGUGAUAAUUUUAAUAUUCCACAUGAUAUUCGUAUUUUGAAAGAAGUUUUCGGCAAUGAACACAACGAUAACUCACUCUACAAUCGGAACAAUGCAUUUUGGCGAAGUUAUAGCAUAAAAGAUAUGGUUGAGCAACUAGAAGAAACAGAUGCCCAUCGUCAACUACUUCUUGCUCAAAUCAACAGAAUCAGCACACAAUAUGACAAUCUAUCUGCUAUCUAUCAAGCCAAUAAAGGUGCCGCUGGAAUCCCUUUAGCAUAA